AUGCAGAGGGAGAUGGCAGCUUGGAGAGAAAAGUCUACUGCAACCUGCACAACCCAGGUAGGGGAACAGAAGGAGAUGCUACAGAGGUUGGAGGUCUCCAAAAGCUUGAUCCUUCAGAAAGAAAUCCGUGGCCAGGAAGAUCACGUACAGGAAUUGCAGGACGAGGUGGAGAAAUGGCAGCAAAAGUAUAUGGGUGCAGAACAACUAAUUCAAAUGCUGCGGAACACCCUGCAUGAAAAUCAGGCUCUGACCGAAGAAAAGGGAAAGGUGCUCGCACAUGAGAUGGGAAAGGUAAAAGAAUACAUGGCCAAUUAUGAUGCCUUGCAGGAGCGGAACCUGUCCCUUGAAAGGGAGUUAGAGGCUGGAGUGAAAGAGAAUGAUAGGUUACAGUCCCAGCUACAGAGUGUGGAGGCUGAAAAAGACCAUCUGGAAGAACAGAUACAAAGCCUUAAAACCCUCCUGGAGGAUGGUGCGGCUAAAGAGGCAUUGACUAACAAUGAGAGGGAGCAGGCAUUACAUCAAAUGCAAGCCUUAAGUCAGCAGGUCCAAGCCCUGGAGGCAGAAAAGAAAAUGCUUCAGGUAGCAAACAGGCAGAUGGCCACAAAAGGCCAAGAUCCUAGGGAGUCAGAGGUGCCAGAGACAACAAGCAUAGCAACUCAGACAGACGCAGGACAGAAGGAUCUGAGAGAGGAGGCCGAACUAGGAUCACUUGAGGGAAGCAACCCAGAAGAGGGAUUGGUAGGGACGAAGUCUACAGCCCUAGAAGGAGUUCUACCAGCGUUCCUAGACGACUGGAAUAAAAGAUGGGACCAAUGGUUGGAGCGUCAUGCCGAAGAGAUGAGCCAUAUAAGACAACAGCUGAGGGAAUGCUAUAAACCUCGAGCUAGGUGGGGAAUUACUGUACCCCAUCAGAGGCCAUUAGGGGAAGCAGCCCUGAUAGAGGCAGGGACAGUAGGAAAGAAUGAACAGGCGAGUUCAAGGAAAGAGACCAAUAAUCAGAUUUGCCAAGACUGCACACAGGAGAGACAAGGCGUCAGGCGACAUAAGCCAAAGAUGAACCCCAAGGAAAAGGGAUCAGUGGGACCCAGAAGAGAAAGUGAGGCCAAGGAAAUAGAGAUACGAGGAAGAGAACUACCACCUAAAGUGAGGGACAGUCGGGGGAGGAGACCCCAGAUUUAUGUGCAGAAUAUCCCAGGAAACGUCAAGUGGUGGACUUUAAGAAAGCUUGUUGAAGCAAAAGUCGGAGGCGUAGCUUAUGUAAAAAUUUAUAAAGGACCUAAAGGAGAAUCCACCGGCCGAGGAAAGAUCGAGUUUUGGGAGGAAGAAAAUGCUCAGAGAACAUUGAGAAGACAGUGGGAGAUAUGAGGAAGGCUUCAAGACCUUCAGGGAGGCUAUUAGGAAAGACAAGCACCACUACUUCAGGAGAGAGGCAUAAGAAGAGAUAGUGGACC